AUGCGGCUAAACGAAGAGGCCAGGGUCUGUAGUGGACGGCGUGUCGGCCCGCAGCGCGCGUGCGGGCGCAGCCGGCGCGCGGCGUCGCGCUGCUCGAGCGGCGCGGCGGCGUGCUGGGCGCUGCUGGCGCGGCUGCAGCGGCUGCAGCCGGACGUGCAGCGCGCCCUGCAGCCCGCGCCGCCGGCGCCCUACUGCGCCAUCCUCCACUCGUGCCAGCACCACUGCGUGAAGACGCUGGAGGAGUGGGUGGAGGGGGUGCGCGGGGACAGUGCGCCGGGGGCGGUGGACGGAACAGUUCACCAGCUGGCGGUGGCAGCGCUGGCCCACUGCCACGCGCUCGCCGCUCACCUGCAAACCGUCGGUCCGGCCCUGGCGUCGGAGCCCGCCUACGCGCGCGCCGCAGCGGCCCUGCCCGCGGUGCAAGACCGCAACGCCCUCAUGCUGGCCAUAUAUAUGCGCAAAGUGCUGGCUCAGCUCAACCUGGCAUUGAGGACCAAGAGCGAGCAGUAUCCAGAGGCGCUGAAGGCGAUAUUCCUUCUGAACAACACGCUGUAUCUGCUCCAGGGUCUGCAGCGCAGCGGCCUUCUGGACGUGCUGGCUCUGGCCGAGCCCGAAUGCGAGGGCAGCUACCGCGACAUGAUCCAGGAGUACAAGAACUCCUAUCUGCAGAGCUGGAACAAGCUGCUAUCUCACAUAACGUUGGACGAGCCGCUCCCUAACAAGCUGCGAGACAAGGACAGACAGAUACUGAAGGACAAGUUCUCAGCGUUCAACCGCGAGUGGGAGGAGUGCCGGCGGGCGCAGCGCGGCUACAGCGUGCCCGACGCGGAGCUGCGCGAGGGGCUGAAGCGGGACAACAAGCAGCUGCUGCUGCCCGCCUACGGCGCCUUCUACGAGCGCUACGCCGCUCUGCCCUUCUCCAAGAACCCAGAGAAGUACCUCAAGUACACGCCCCUGCAGAUCGCGUCACAGUUAGACGGAUACUUCGAUGAGGCUGCU